UCUGCUUCCUUUGUUUCCUCCCUAAUUACAUGUUAUUAACUAUUAAGCAUAUCCUUAAAACAAAACCCAAACUGAAUUAUCUUUGUCAAUAGUUGUCUUCUCUCUCGAUUAUUCUUAAGAUAACUACUUUGGUAGUUUUGUUUUUUUAAUUACUACUGCACCCUCUUGCGCUUCAAGUUACUUGGUAAAAAACUCUCUUAACUUUGGAUAAUUUCUCGAAGUCUCUGAAGAAAGAACCCUUUUUUUCUUCUCUCAUAAUCGUCUCUGUAACGUCCUUCUCCUUCUUCAUCUUCUUUGCGUUUCUUCUGCAGCCUUUUGCGGUUCACGUGUUGAUUGCUUCUGUCUCUACUUUUUGUCCGUUUUAAAGUUUAAACUUAUUGUUACAAAAUUGGAUUUUCUCUGAUCAAACGAUAAAAACAGAGUCUUUUAGUAUCUUCUUCUUGGGUAUAACGAAGAUUUUUGUGGUUUCUUCUGAUUAAUGAUGAUGAUAAAGCUUGAGAGAAGUGAUUAGUCUGUAGAAGAAGAAGAGUUAAAACCAUUCACCAAAGAAGAAAUUGAGAACUAGAGACAGUCAUGGAGAUCAAAUCUUACCAAAAUCAAGCAGAGUAUUUUGUUGAACACUAUUUAUUAGCAGAUCCAUUUCUUCCAUAUACUUCUGUUCUUGUUGGAAUCUGUCUUUGCAAAUUGGUAUAUGAUCUUACGGAGUUAUUCAGCUCAAUUCAUGUCAAAUCAUACUCAGCUCUCACAAAAAUAAAGAGAAUUGAAUGGAACAACAGGGGAAUUUCUACAGUCCAUGCGAUCUUUAUCUCAUUCAUGGCAUUAUACUUUGCGUUCUUCUCUGAUUUGUUUUCUGACCAAAGAAGCCUUGAAACCCUUACGGUGUUUCGUAACUCGCCUCUGUCUACCUUUGGUUUAGGAGUAUCAGUUGGUUACUUUCUUGCGGAUCUUGGAAUGAUCUUUUGGUUAUACCCUUCUUUAGGAGGAUCAGAAUAUAUAUUACAUCACUGCUUAUCUGGAACAGCAGUAGCGUAUUCUUUGUUCUCUGGAGAGGCUCAGCUUUACACAUACAUGGUUUUAAUCUCUGAAGUGACUACACCAGAGAUCAAUCUUAGAUGGUACCUUGACAUUGCUGGUUUGAAACGAUCUAAAGCUUAUCUUGUUAAUGGAGUUGCUAUAUUCUUUGCUUGGUUGACAGCAAGAAUUCUUCUGUUCAUCUACAUGUUUUACCAUGUCUACACACAUUAUGAUCAGGUGAUAGAGAUGCAUACAUUCGGUUAUCUACUGGUAUUUGUUGUACCGAUUUCAUUGAGUGUCAUGAACUUGAUCUGGUUUGGUAAGAUAGUGAAGGGAUUGAAGAAAACUCUUGAGAAAAGACAGUGAAGAAAGAGUUGUGUUUUUUUUUUUAUGUAAAUAUAAAACUCUUAUGAAGAAUCUUACAAGUUUAUAAGCAACAAAGAUAUGGUUUGUUUCUAACUUUUAGCUUAUACACUAAUUAUGUUCAAAAUCUCAUUCCCAUUAUUCCCACAACAGUCCCUAUGCAUGCUGAAUACUUAAAUCCAUGUA